UAAACUGAGAAACGACCUUUGACCCGACUCGCAAAUUCACCUACAAAUUCCGGUGAUCUCGCCCAGAAGGUAAGGCUGUUAAUGAUAUGGAUACUGGGUUUGAAGAUCUCGAGCUACGGGAGGCACAGCGGGAGUACUUGGACUUUCUGGAUGACGACCAAGAUCAAGGAAUUUAUCAUGAGAAAGUCAGAAGUAUGGUUACAGAAUGUGGAUGUCGCCUCAUAGUGAACGUCAACGAUUUGCGAAGAAAGAACGAGAAGCGGGCCAAGGCAUUGCUCAAUAAUGCAUUCAGUGAACUUAUAGCUUUUCAAGCCGCUUUGAAAGAUUUGGUGGCGUCCCUCGACGGAACGUACGCAAAACAGUUCGAGGAGUUCCACGUGGGGUUCGAGGGGAGUUUCGGAUCCAAACACGUUUCCCCUCGUUCGCUUACCGCACGGUUUCUUGGUAGCAUGAUCUGCGUGGAGGGAAUUGUGACCAAGUGUUCACUAGUGAGGCCCAAGAUCACCAGAAGUGUGCACUACUGCCCGGCCACUAAGAAGACCCUGGAGCGCAAGUACACUGACCUCACCUCGCUGGACGCUUUCCCAUCCAGCGCCAUCUAUCCCACCAAGGACGAGGAGAAUAACCCCCUGGAGACGGAGUUCGGGCUGUGCACCUAUAAGGACCACCAGACCCUCACCAUACAGGAGAUGCCCGAGAAGGCCCCGGCCGGCCAGCUGCCCCGCUCCGUCGACAUCAUCAGCAACGACGACCUGGUGGACAAGGUCAAGCCGGGGGACCGGGUGCAGGUGGUGGGCGUGUACCGCUGCCUCCCUGCCAAGCAGGGGGGCUUCACCUCCGGGACCUUCAGGACAAUCAUGCUAGCCAAUAACAUUAAGCCCAUGACCAAAGAAAUCGUCCCAAACUUUUCUGCAGACGACGUGAGCAAAAUCAAGAAGUUCUGUAAGACCCAUUCCAAAGAUGUGUUUGAACAUCUCAGCAGGUCCCUGGCUCCCAGUAUCCAUGGUCACGAGUACAUUAAGAAAGCCAUUCUCUGUCUGCUGCUCGGAGGAAAUGAAACCAAUCUGGAAAACGGCACGCGCAUCAGAGGCGAUAUCAACAUCCUGCUGAUUGGUGACCCCUCUGUGGCCAAGUCUCAGCUCCUCCGGUACGUUCUGUUCACUGCCCCGCGGGCCAUUCCCACGACGGGGCGAGGGUCGUCCGGCGUGGGUCUGACUGCAGCGGUCACCACCGAUCAAGAGACGGGGGAGCGGCGUCUGGAGGCGGGGGCCAUGGUGCUGGCUGACCGGGGCGUGGUGUGCAUUGACGAGUUCGACAAGAUGUCCGACAUGGACCGAACCGCCAUCCAUGAGGUCAUGGAGCAGGGCCGCGUCACCAUCUCCAAGGCGGGGAUCCAGGCCCGCCUCAAUGCACGCUGCAGCGUGCUGGCGGCGGCCAAUCCGGUCUAUGGGAGGUACGAUCAGUACAAAACCCCGAUGGAGAACAUCGGCCUGCAGGACUCCCUGCUGUCUCGAUUUGACCUGCUGUUCAUCGUGCUGGACCAGAUGGACCCCGACAGCGACCGUGAGAUCUCCGAUCACGUCCUCCGCAUGCACCGAUACAGAACGCCCGGAGAGCAGGAGGGCACCGCCAUGCCGAUGGGCAGCUCGGUGGACGUGUUCGCCACGGACGACCCCAACGCCACCGAGGCGGCGGAGCAGGAGCUGCAGGUCUACGAAAAAAAGGACAACCUUCUGCACGGGUCCCGCAAGAAAAAGGAGAAGGUGGUCACCAUGGAGUUCAUCAAGAAGUACAUCCACGUGGCCAAGCUGGUGAAGCCCGUGCUGACCCAGGAGGCCUCGGACCACAUCGCCGAGCAGUACUCCAAACUGAGGAGCCACGACCAAGUCAACUCCGACAGCGCACGAACGAUGCCGGUCACAGCCAGAGCCCUGGAGACCAUGAUCCGACUGGCCACGGCUCACGCCAAAGCCCGCAUGAGCAAGUCCAUCGACCUGGCCGACGCGGAGACCGCGCUGGAGCUCAUGCAGUUCGCCUACUUUAAAAAGAUUCUGGAGAAGGAGAAGAGAAGGAAGGUUCCCGAGGACAGUAUGGAGGUUGAGGAUUCACAGAGCCAGAGCCAGAGCCAGGACCUGGCCAGUCAGAGGAGCACAAGGAAGGGUUCUCGGCUCUCCAAGGACGACAUGGACGUGACCGGGGCGGGAGACGACCCGUUUGACUUCAGUGAGGAUGCGCAGGAGACGGACCCCAGUCAGAAGGCCAAGCCCACCCCACUGAGACAGUCCCAGAGGAAGGCUGACGGUAGCAAAGACCGGCUGAGGGCGUUUAAGGCCGCCCUGCUGACUGCGUUUAAGGGGACGCGCUCGCAGUCCAUCCCUGUCCCAGAGCUCCUGGCCCACGUUAACAAGGGCCAGGAUGACCUGUUCAAUGAUGCCGAGGUGAAGGCGCUUCUGGGUCAGAUGCAGGACGAUAACCAGGUCAUGGUGUCUGAGGACGUGGUCUUCCUCAUCUGAAAUGGGUUCAGUUCCCCCC